AUAGAAGAGAAUCCCAGUCUCUCUGUUUCUGGCGUUUGGCGACUCCAAAAAAGUCGGAUUCUUUUCUCACACCGACCGUCGGUGAUCGUUCUUAAUUGUCUGUUUGGGACCCGAGAAAGUGAAAUUCGUCGGUUAGCAGACGAUUUUCUUCGUUUCAGAGGUGGGGGAUUUUGUUUGAGACUUAACUCCCGUUUGGCGUUUUAUGUGGGACUAGGGUUCCCAUUACAUGUACAGCCAAACUCAGAAACACAACAACAAAGGUUCCCAUUACAUUUACAGCAGCAGCAGCAGCAAAUCUUCUUCUUCGAUUUCGCUGCUCUCGUCUAAGAAUCUGGUAAAGUUGUCGUCUUUGCUCUCGGAAUAAUACCUUCCGUUCACGCCCUAAUUCGCUCAAAUGAAAUCAGAGGAAUUGAGGGUAGAGUUCUGCUGACUUUCAAAGAAACCCCCGAGGAAGUAACGUCACCUUCGAUUGCUCUCAUUCUGGUCCCUGCGUUCCUGAGUUUUAAAAGGUUGCUCAAAUGGAAGACGCCCAAGAAAUGGAUAACAAACCGUCUGAAGCAGUUGCAGAGCAAGCAACUCAAAAGAAACAGGAAUCUCGAGAUGAAAUGCUUUCUAGGCAUAGAAAAGAAAUAUCAGAACUGCAGAACAAGGAAAUUGAACUGAAAAAGGCUGCUGCUAAGGGUAGCAAAGCAGAGCAGAAGGCGAAGAAGAAGCAGGUGGAGGAAGAGAUCUCCAAACUUUCUGCUAAGCUUAAAGAAAAACAUGCUGAAGAACUUGCUUCCUUGGGCUACACUCCUAAAGAUGGAAAGGAGAAAAGUAAUCUUGACAAUUUAGUGAAGGCCAUAGCAGGAGUUUCUGUAACCAACCAACCUGAUCAGCCAAAGUCCAGCAAGAGUACAAGGAGGCGAGAGAAGAGGGCUCAGCAAGAAGCAGCAAGAGAGCAGAGAAUACAAGAAGAGCAGAGCGACAUUGUAAGUGAUCGUGUGAUUGAGAAUGAGAAACUAGAGAAAAAGCUUGAGCCCCUUGGUUUGUCUGUUACCGAGAUAAAGCCAGACGGGCAUUGUCUCUACCGAGCCAUUGAAGUUCAACUAGCCAUCCUCUCUGGAGGUUCAUCGCCUUACAGUUACCAAGAACUUCGAGAAAUGGUGGCUGCUUAUAUGAGGAAACACACAUCUGAUUUUCUCCCAUUUUUCCUGUCGGAAAAUGCAGUAGAAGACGGGUCUGAUGAUUCUCUUGCAGAAAGAUUUGAGAGUUACUGUAAAGAAGUUGAGUCGACGGCUGCGUGGGGAGGUCAGUUAGAGCUUCAGGCUUUGACUCACUGCCUCAGGAAGCAUAUCAUGAUAUUCUCUGGCUCUUUCCCUGAUGUGGAGAUGGGGAAAAAAAGGAAAGAGUACAAAUCCAAUGGUGAGACCGGUUCUUCCAAUUCCAGUAUUAGGCUGUCGUACCAUAGGCAUGCAUUUGGGCUUGGUGAGCACUACAACUCUGUGGUACCAAUAUGACCAAAUAGUUAUGUUUACGUCUUUUGUGGAAAAGUAUACUUUGCUUGAACAAUUUUGUGAGAACGGGUACAAUUGAAGGUCAAUCUAAGUACUGAAACUACAAUGGUGAUUAAUUGUGGUCCAUAGUUUUGUUAUUGCUAUAUUGGAUCGAAUUUUGGUGAAUAAUGUAUGAAUUAGUUUUUUUCUUUUCUUCA